AUGGUAAACACCUACAACAGAGUAUCCGAAGGAGCAGUUUUCCUUGCAUCGACGGUACUAUCCCUUUGCUUUGUUGCACUCCGUUUGGUCCGCCGGGUUUGGAAUGACUCAACCAGCGACGCCCUCACCUUGAUAGAGGAGAACAAAACCAUGCUCUACGGAAAUGCGAUCGACAAGUGGAACAAAAGGGACCGCGAGGACCCAGUCUAUCUUGGCGUACGACCCAACAGCGAUCUUGCAGGUAUUGCUGCAGUUGCUCGACGAGAGCGCAGCGAGGCUGCCUUUAUGCUCCAGCAACCUAGCAGAAAGGCCACCUUACUCAAGCCACGCCAACCUGAGAGAAGUGCCCUAAUCCAGAAGACCAUCACAGCUGAGGAUUGGCAUGAUGUUAACCGCCAAUGUCUCAAAAAGCAUAUCACAGAAGCAACCGCACCCCUUGUCUCAGAGAUGUAUCGCGAGAAGAUCCUUCUGGCGUGCUACCAACUUGAACUCAGUAACCAUAUCAUGUGGUUACAACAGCCAGCAGAGGAACAUAUCACUGUUCAAUUUCUUUCCAAGGAGCCGUACCUAACACCAGGGCCUAUGAUGGAGGUCGCCCGAGAGCUAGAAGCUCUUGCUCUAUUAGAUAUCGACCGAGAACUAGCUUUGAAGCUGAAAGGCCUCUCUGACAAGAUCGCGGAUUUCCAAGAUUUUACCAACCACCAGGAUAAGCAAUAUCUGACCGAGCAACGUGAGUGUGCUCGGAUCAUGUAUGAUCUUAUGUCGCAGUUCAGAACCGUCGAUCUAGGCAAGAUCGACCGGGUUAUACAAGAAACCAAUACUAGCAACCAAGGCAAAGUUUGGUCUUGGUUCCACGGCGCCACUCGUAACAAAGGCAAGGGGCUAAGCCAUAGAGAAUGGCUGGCCGAGUAUCGAUCCAUGGACACUGAGUGGGUUGAUACAUAUGCAAUGAUGAAUGCAGCUAUUAGAGCUGUAACCCCAUCUGAUGACCUCCUGGAGUUGUUCAGCAAGCUUGUGUACAAGCACGGAUCAUCCAAGUUGAUUCGUGAGAUUAACGAAAACCUACCAUUCUGGGAUGAGCAGUACUAUCAACAGUAUUGCUCCCCCGGUACUAACAACGAACACGAUGAACCUACCAAACCCGACGAACCUACCGAAUCCGACGAACCUACCGAACCCGACAAGAUUACUAAGAUAAAGACCGAGCCUGGAGUCAACAAUGCCGUGUAUGCCGACGAGAUCGCACAAGCAAAUGAAGCAACCAGACUUGUAUUCGCAGGGAUACCUGGUCCAACCAGAUUCACCAUUACUUCCAAUGAGCAAAACUCUUCCGACGAAAAUGUAUUUACCUCUACUAAGGGCGCGAAGCCCUUUAGCCCAUUCACCAUCUCGAGUAGAAGGUUCCCUAUUCCAAUAAUUCCUACUCUGUGA